GCUGGUAAUCUGCUCGGAAGUCUUAGGACAAUAUAGGGCGCAGGUGGAACUCACCGAGAACAAUCAGUGCUGCUUCCUUAUAAACCCUUGCGCUGAUAAGUCUGCAACUUUCCCACCUCCCAACCCCAGGCUGCGAGGGGACCCAGGAGGAGCCAAUCCUCCCUCUGGCUAGCCUGUCCGACGGUCCUGGGGCCCCAAAGUUGGGCUCGGCAGAGCUUAGCUUUCCCACCGGGUCGUGAAUGGUUUGGGGUCGCGCGGGACAGUCAGCCAGGCGCGCAGUCAGCAGCGGUGGCUUCGCGACACACGUGGCAACAGGUGCAGCGCGAUCCAGGACGUACGCCCGGAGCUUGUGGCAUGUUGACGUUUCGCCAGGGAGCCGGACCCGGCUGGCGACCAUAGUGGAGCUCCGCGGGAGUCAUUGUGCCUCAAGGAACCCCUGCUCGUCUCUCAGGGAACAAGUCUUUUCAACUUCAGAGCAUCUAAGACUACAGUCUCAGAACCCGGCUAAAAGCAAUAGAAAGGGGAGGAGCUGGACCAUCUUUCAUUUGCUCUCAUUUCAAAGGAAUUUGAAGAGAAGAUAAAAUGGCAGAGUUUUAAGGUUAAUAUUCAGGAUGAAUGAUGGUAAUUCAGAUAGCACAGAAGACGGAUCGCAUUAUGUAUUUAUCCGUGGCAAAAACUCGAAUCCAUCUGAACGCUACUACCAAACAUCACUAUCUGCCCAGUGCCCUUCAGUGAGUCACGGGGAUUGGAGCUCUGACAACCCCGAUGCCAUGGUGGUCGAUUAUGAAAUGGAUCCUGCUGUGGACCACAGUGAAAGUGUCUCCUUAAGCCAUCAGUGUGUUGAAGCACUGGCUUACCCGGAGCCUUCAAGUGAUUUCAUGGGGAAGCAUGAGUUGACAAUGUACAGUGAGCCUUCCUGCCAGUCUCCUGCACUUGUGAACACAGGGAAGCCCCAAGACCCGCACAGUAACUUUGAUUCCCUAGAGGCAAUCCAGGAUGAGAAGCUUGAUCCCUCUAAGCCCUGUGUGUGCGGGUCUGAUGACGAUUAUGCUUGUGGAGACUCCCCUAAAAUUUUGGAGCUAAAACAAACAUAUGGCAUGAAAGUGGACACGGCUGACUGCACCUUUAUAACACACUACGCUGUUGAACAGGGUCAUCCUUUACAUGCUGCACCCCAUUCCUCUAAGAUGUGUGUGAGAGGGAUUAAUUAUAACAGAGAGAACUUUGAAAACCUCCAAGACAGGCCAUCCAAGACCCUGAACACAACCUUUACAAUGAGCUCUGAUGUGCUGAUGCAAACUGACAGUCCAGACGUUGGAGUUCAGGGUCAGAAUUCUUUAGGAAAUGUCACCAAAGAGUACCCAGAUGGGACGGGGCAAGGACUCAUUGGAGAAAAAGAGAUACAAGCUGUGACACUGGUUUCGGAUGGCAUGGAGGUCCCCAGUGGGUCUGCAUCACAGACGUUCUAUUGUGCCGCUGAAGAUGACCCAAACAGUGAGACGCAUUUACACGGCCCGUAUGCUCAACAGGAAAUGGGCCAAAAUCGAAGAGGAACACUGCCCGACUGUCAUGUCGAUGGUGAAUGCCCAGUGCUGGUGCCAGCUUUUGAGAAGAGUAAAACCAGGGUUCUGAACUCAGAGUGUAAAGUCACUGUGACUGAAGACCCACACUUUGAUUCCCAUGACAAUGACUCAGACAUCCAAAGUAGUACUGAAGAGCUGACCCUGCGAAGUGUUUCAGGGCAGAGGGUUUCAUCUUAUGAACUGGGCUGGGGCGAGAACUGUGGAGCCAUUCGCACAGAUAACACGGGCUGCAUGUCAACACCAGUUAGGCAACCCCCCAAUGUGAGCUUCACCCUUUCGCCUGCUGAAGUGAAGAAGUACGAUAAUGUGGUGACUGGACCAAGAGAUGCUAAAAGUGCACCAAACUUGAAAGGGGAGCCAACAAAUAUGCCAAAACCUAAUCUGGGAAAAUCAGCUACCAAAACAAAUACCACUGUAGGCAGUAAAGUUCGGAAGACGGAAAUUAUAAGUUAUCCCAGACCAAACUUCAAAAACAUUAAAGCCAAAGUUAUAUCCAGAUCAGUGUUGCAACCCAAAGACACUUCCCUAAUGAAGGACACACCCAACCCUCAGGCAACAGGGGGCUCUUCACCCUCACCAGUGCCUUCUAAACAGUUGACAAUGAUGAACAAAACACCAAGAUCUGACUUGAAAGCCGGCAAAAAAGCAGAAAUCCCGAUUAACAAGACACACAAGCAACAGUUUAAUAAACUCAUUACCAGCCAGGCUGCGCAAGUUACAACUCAUUCUAAAAAUGCUUCGCUCGGGGUUCCAAGAACAACAUCUGCCUCGAAAUCGAAUCGGGAGAAUGUUGACAAGACAGGUUCUCCUCAUGCAGGGAGUGAGACCGGGUCUGUAGCUGCCUUCCUCCAGAAGAUCAAAGGCAUUCUCCCCGUUAAAAUGAAAAGCUCGGAGUGUUUGGAAGUGACUUAUGUUUCCCACAUCGAUCAGAUUAGCCCUGAAAAGGGUGAACAGGACCGGGAGGCUCCGAUGGAAAAGCAAGAGCUGGGGAAACAAGCCACAAAUGAGACUCUUGAAUCCAAGUCCCUGUUGGUGGGCUCUGCACCCAAAACUUCCACCACGCCAGGAAGGAGCAGUUCCAAGCCAGACUCCCGCAGCCUGAGGAAGACACCAGGUCUAAAAGCCAAAGUGGGGCCCACUGCUUCCUGCCUGAGGAGGAAGAGCGAGAGUAGAACCCUCGGCUCCGACAGGGCCUUAUCACCUCAGAGGAUCAGGCGUGUGUCCGGCUCUGGUGGUCAUGCUGUCAUCAACAAGUAUGAAGAGAAACCUCCCAAACAAGCAUUUCAAAAUGGGUCAGGACCCUUGUAUCUGAAGCCUUUGGUACCCAGAGCUCAUGCGCACUUGCUCAAAACUUCUCCAAAAGGUCCUUCAAGGAAGAGUCUGUUUACAGCUUUUAAUUCAGUUGAAAAGGGCAGGCAGAAGAACCCCAGGAGCCUGUGCAUCCAGACCCAGACAGCUCCAGAUGGGCUGGCCUCCGAGAGAACGCUUGAGUUGGCCCAAUACAAAACAAAAUGUGAAAACCAAAGUGGAUUUAUCCUGCACCUCAGACAGCUUCUUUCCCGUGGUAACACCAAGUUUGAAGCGCUAACAGUUGUGAUCCAACACCUCCUGUCUGAGCGGGAGGAAGCAUUGAAGCAACACAAAACCCUCUCUCAAGAACUUGUCAGCCUCCGGGGAGAGCUAGUUGCUGCUUCAAGCGCCUGCGAGAAGCUAGAAAAGGCUAGGAAUGACUUACAGACAGCGUAUGAAGGAUUUGUCCAGAAACUAAACCAGCAGCAUCAGACAGACCGGACGGAACUGGAGAACCGGCUGAAGGAGUUAUACACCGCAGAGUGUGAGAAGCUUCAGAGCAUUUACAUUGAGGAGGCAGAGAAAUAUAAAACUCAACUGCAAGAGCAGUUUGACAACUUAAACGCCGCCCAUGAAACCACCAAGCUUGAGAUCGAAGCUAGCCAUUCAGAGAAAGUGGAAUUACUGAAGAAGACCUACGAAACCUCCCUUUCAGAAAUCAAGAAAAGCCAUGAAAUGGAAAAGAAGUCACUGGAGGAUCUGCUUACUGAGAAGCAGGAAUCGCUGGAGAAGCAAAUCAACGAUCUGAAGAGUGAAAAUGAUGCCUUAAACGAAAGGUUGAAAUCGGAGGAACAAAAGCAACUGUUGAGAGAGAAGGCGAAUUCGAAAAACCCUCAGGUCAUGUAUCUGGAGCAAGAACUAGAAAGCCUGAAGGCUGUGUUAGAGAUCAAGAAUGAGAAACUGCACCAGCAGGACAUGAAGCUAAUGAAGAUGGAAAAGCUGGUGGACAACAACACAGCGUUGGUUGACAAGCUGAAGCGAUUCCAGCAGGAGAAUGAGGAGUUAAAAGCUCGUAUGGAUAAACACAUGGCAAUUUCAAGGCAGCUUUCCACAGAGCAGGCCGCGCUGCAGGAGUCCCUCGAGAAGGAGUCGAAGGUCAACAAGAGACUGUCCAUGGAGAACGAGGAGCUUCUGUGGAAACUGCACAACGGAGACCUGUGCAGCCCCAAGAGAUCGCCCACCUCUGCGGCCAUCCCUUUCCAGUCCCCCAGGAAUUCUGGUUCCUUCUCCAGCCCCAGCAUCUCGCCCAGAUGACGGCUUCUGAAUUCAGGAGACUCUCUUGACAGCACGGAGGCACCGAGGCGCACUUCUGCGGGACUGACCCUCUCAUGGGAACUCGAGCUGCGUUAGCUCUCUGGGAUGUCCUCAGGAUAUAACGGGAGAGCAGCCGCCAACCGUAUUACCUACAUACGAAUAGAGAGCUCCAGAGGGAGACUUUUAACUUGGUCCAAAAGCCUCCCCCCAAAACAGAUUUCGAAACUGAAGUGGACAUAGUUGCACAAAGCACUUAAGGAACGAGAGAACCUUGUUCUUUGCCUUCUUUCACCUAAGCAUAGGGGAAAACUCUCAGGGCCCUAUUAAGAUAAAGAUUUAUAACCUUUAUAAUGUUCUUCACCAGAGACACCUUGUGAUUUUUUUAUUUCAGUCUGACUGUAGGCAAGGGGGUGUGUGUGUGAGUGAAAUGGGUGUACUGGUGUGUCACGUUACUGUCAUAGCUUCGCCCCCCCCUGCUGUGUAUUAAAAGUCAACAGCUGUAUAUAGCUGGGCCUGUAUUAACCAAGUUAUAAUCAGCACACGUGCGUCAACAAAAGCCAUAGAAGAGAAAGCAAUAGUGCUUGAAUUUCCCCCCAACUCGUCUCAGCACUGUGACACGGCAGGGCCCAGGCAAGACAGGAAAAGCCUUUGUUUGUUGUGGCUGUACAUUUUUUUCUCUGUUGUUAGUUUUUCCAUGUUCAGCAUUAUCCGUUGAUAUCGGUCUUUUUUUUUUUUUUCCUCUGUAGAUUUUCAUGAGCCUAAUUGCUAUACUCGGAUUCAUUUUCUCAGGCUAUGAGCAAAUGUAGUACCCUAAUUUUUCUAAACACAAAUCUGUAUAAAGAGUAAGGGGGUGGUAGCAAUGGAUGUUUCUGACUUUUUUUUUUUCCCCCUUGAAUCCAAGCUAGCUUCACGGAGCUAGUCCUCUGUCUUCCCUCCUGUUAUUCUAACCCCCCCCCCCCCCCGCCUUUCCUUCGUCCCCCAUGCAGAGCCACAGAGGCAAAGCUACCUCCUUCCUAAGUGCAGUGUGUGCUUUUCCAGGGCCAGUUUAUCUCGGAGGUGCCGAACCUGUUUCCCAAAUAAGCUAAGCUCUGGUUCUGACACUACAGAACUUUGGGAACCCCCCCUCGGGGGGGGGGGGAAUCAGUAAAGGCAUUUUUAGCAUGUACUAAUCCACACAAGCAGAGAGUUAAGCCAACGGUUCUGUGUUGAGUAGAUCAAGAAUGUUAACGCUUACUUAGGCUCCUCUGAGGAUCCUUCCAGCCAUUGGAAUGUAACAGAGUGGCCAAAGAGUGAGAGAAGUAUGGCUUCUGCAGCUCCUUCACAUUACAUUACAUUCAAAAUUCAGCUGUUCACUUACCAUCUCCCCAGACUCCAAGACUCUCUGUGAAAGUUAGGAUCGCUGUGGCUCCCCACCACCCAACCCACAAGCUUCCCCGUGCAUGCCAGCAUUGCGAGGUCAGUAUUUACUAGUUCGUGGUCAAUGCUGCUCAAAUAACCCCUAUAGCGAGGACAGAUUCAGGACACUAGAGGUGGGUAUUUGAGUCAUCCUAGACUUCUACACUACAGAGCUAACUGACUGUCAUGAUGCAUGCUUUUUAUUAGGGGUUGUGUUUAAAGUCUCUUAUCUCCAAUAGUUUAUGCUGUAUGUAACCUACCAUGUUUGCUCCCGAUAAAUAGGAAUGAUUGCAGCUUCACUGCCACCUCCCGGAAUAGCUCUGCUCCUGGUCCCAAGUUGUUCUCAAUGAUGUUAGCCAAAGUCAGGUUUGUUAUUUAUGCCCUAGUUAUGGUAAAGUUCAUGUAAUGACCUGCCAUCCCUCAUACCACGUAGAUGUCUGGGAAGUCAAAUCUUAGAGCAAUUAAAACGCCUAGAGAGCAUUUAAGGGGUUUUUUUGUUUUGUUUUUUUAAACCAAACAUUUUAUGUAGAAUACAAAAUUGUUGACACAUCGUUAAAAAAAAGUGGGUGUGUGAACAACUGUAAUGUAUAGCAAUGGGAAAGUGUAUUUUACUUUGAUCAAAUAAAUAAUGCUGGAAUAUUCAAUGUAAGAAUGACAGCUUCUGACAUUCUUCACUCUUCAAAGCCUUAGGUUAUGUGUCCCCCCGUCUUGCCCCUCCUUAGGCAGGCAGGCAGGCGCCCUAUGCUAUUUUACGGAACUUAGAACCCAAUGCCAAAAUUUGUUGUGGCUGAAAUUGGCUCACAGAGUUUGAGUUUAAGAUUAAGCUUUUCAAAAUACAUGUAUCAGAGAACUAAACUUUGGCUAAUUUAAACGAUUCUUUCGCCAGGCUAAAAGAAAAUUGGAACAGCUGUGAUCUUAAAUAUUUUUCAAGACAGGUCUUAGCCAAAGCCGAAUCUUCUUCAGUCCAUUCAUCUAUGUUAUGUUACAGGCUGAACUGUUAAUCGUGUAUAUGCAGUUAUUUUGAAUAGAAGGGUUUAAAAUCAGUACUCUGAGUGUGGCAAUUUCAAUGUAAAAAGAUGUGAUUUUGAUACCUUUAUAAAUGAACUUGUGUUAGCUUUGAUAAAGUAACAUAUCUAAGCAUUUGAA